UUUUUUCUGUGUGCAAAAGUUGCUGUGACAUUCAUUACUGUGCCGGCUGGAACACGGCAAAGAUGAAGUGGAAGCAAGUGCUUUUCCGUUCCUGCCUCAUGGCUUUAGUGCUUCUGAUUGGUAUGUAUGAUUUGCAAUAAUAACUACAAGGAAAGGUUGAAUUUCAGCAAGGAAUAAUAGGGCAACAAAUGGCAGUAUUUGUCGGUUUAAUGGGAUGAGAGAGACUGUAGUUUUCCCAUCAAAUCACCAAAUGCUAAAAGAUAUUCAGUUUCUAGCUACUACACCAGCAAUACUGCUUUUAAGCUAUGUCCAGGAUAUAGACUAAACCUUAGUGCAUUUGCUAUCCAAGGCAUGUUAAGAAGAACAAUUAUCUUUCCCAUGUUAUAAUAUAGCAGGUAACAGUUUUAAAAAAUCAUCUGUGAUUUUCUCCAAGAUUCUGUACUUACUCUCACUAAAUCCAAAACUGGGUUUAUACUUCACCUUCUCUAGUUCUUGAAGAAGGUGAUGCCGUGGCUGUGGAAUCCAAGAAAGCAGCAGCUGGAGAACUCAGCAAGGAAAGUGUUAAAAAGAGAGUCUUCAUGAAGGAAUCAGAUGCCUCUAACUUUUUCAAGAAAAGAGGCAAAAGAUCUACCAAGUCCAGAGACGAGCUCAAUGCCGAGACCCGCCAGAUGCUGGCUGCUGACGAACAAAGGAGGGAAUACUAUGAGGAGCAGAGGAACGAGUUUGAGAACUUUGUUGAGGAAGAGCGUGAUGAGCAGGAUGAGAGAAGCCGAGAGCAGAUUGAGCAAUGGCGCCAGUACCAUUAUGACGGUCUCUACCCACCGUACCUAUAUAACCGGCACAUUGUCUAGGGCAGAGAGGAAGAGCGGGGAACAC